ACAUAAUGCACAAGGAAAUUUGUUACACUUAGUUGUAGAAGUCUGCAAACUGAUAAUAUAUUGUGUUGAUGAUAAAGCUGGUUUUACAAUGAAUAAAGAAGAUAAUGAGAAUUAUGAUUUCCUGUUUAAAAUUAUUCUCAUUGGAGAUCCAGGUGUUGGCAAAACAUGCAUUGUGCAAAGAUUUAAAAGUGGUUUGUGGCUUGAAUCACAGUCAUCUACUAUUGGAGUGGAUUUCUGCAUGAAGUCGUGCCAUGUGGAUGGAAAAAUUGUGAAAUUGCAGAUAUGGGAUACUGCAGGACAAGAGAGAUUUCGUACCAUCACACAAACGUACUACCGCAGUGCAAAUGGAGUUUUAUGUGCAUUUGAUAUCACUUCUGAAUCCUCUUUCUACAAUCUUACACAGUGGAUGGAAGACGUAUCUAAGUACUGUGCAGGGGACGUCCUUAAACUUCUGAUCGGAAACAAAUCAGACAAAUCCUCCGAACGAGUAGUUGACGCAGAAGAAGCGUCCAACGCAGCAAGCAACUGGGGUGCGCUAGAUUACGUUGAGACGUCGGCAAAAGACAACUCUAACGUAGACAAAGCUUUCACUAAGAUUGCAACUGAGCUUUUGCAUAAGCACUCAAAUCCGCAUCUGGCACAAGGAGAACUAGCGGCGCGUUCUGGCUUCAAUCUAGACGGCAACGGAAGGACUGUCCCAGUACGGCGGGGUUGCUGUUAGCCGGGCUAUAUAUCAUGUAUUGCUUUUUCUAUAAGCGGAUCUUUAUCUUCUUCAAUGCACUUUCGUUUUUAGAUUGACAAGACGCUGCUGCCUUAUACGUUUCAGUCUAGCCUUUAAUGCUGUGUUUUUGUUGUUUCGUGUGAUAUUAUUUUUCUUGCAGUUUUUAACGCUAUGAGAUAUUUAUUAAGUUGCCAUACCUUGUACACACAACUAUAUCUUGAAUUCCACUUUUCAUUUAUCAUGUAUUGAAAUUGAACUAAUAUUUGCCAUAUGUGUAUUAGGUAGGAAACUCUCCAUAAUCGCGCACGCAUGAGUUUGUACAGUUUGUUUUCCUGUGACUUACUACAUAUAUCACCGUAACAGUGUUUCAACGAAUAAUGUUUUCUGCUCAAAUAAAUAUUUAAGCUAAACAAAAAA